AUGUCGGUGCCGCUCAAACCGAUUUCCAUUGACUUCAACAACCGCCAGCUGGAUGCCAAACAGAAGAAAUUCCAUGCCAGCAUCGAGCGGGCCUUGCAACAUUUCGAUUCUGUCACUGAAUGGGCAGAUUAUAUCGCCAGUUUGGGCAAGCUGCUGAAAGCGCUGCAAAGCUGGACGCCGCAGUUCCAAAAUGUACGUUAUUGUGUCCCCUUCCCUUACCAAGUCAGCCGGCGAUUGGCAUCGUCUCUGUCCCCUAACUUACCCUCGGGAGUUCAUUUGAAAACCAUCGAGGUGUACAGCAUCAUUUUCAAUAAGAUCGGAGUGGACACGUUGAGUAAAGAGUGCAAUAUUUGGGUUCCUGGCAUUUUGCCUUUGAUGUCAUACGCUUCUAUUUCGGUCAAGGGACCCUUAAUCGAGCUAUACGAGCAAUAUCUAGUGCAGCUGCCUCCCUCGACGCUGCGUUUAAUCUUGAAGCCGCUGCUGGCCAGUUUAAUGCCGGACAUCGAUGACGAAAGCAGCGAGUCGCAGCCUGCAACGCUCAGUCUCAUAGAAACGCUGCGAGAAAACGCGGCCGAUGAGCCAUUGUUCUGGCAAAGCUGUUUUAUGAUCAUGAUCAAUAAUAAAGAAAGACGUUCUGGCGGUCUCACCUGGCUUACGAAAUUUCUCCCGUCUUUAAAUGCCAUCCCACACAAAUUGCGCCAGCGCAAGGAGGAAGAAUUGUCUGAGGGAGCUACCGAUGACAAUCUUCGGAAUAGACGCCAGUCAGCGCUCAAACUUCUGCUACCGGUAGCAAAAGAUGUGGUGCAUCCCGAACCUGGUCUGCUUAUUCGGUUUUUAGUGAGCUGCUUGGCAGACGACAGUGAGCUUCUCAUAAAGAGAGGUAUCUUGGAUUUACUUCUGCAGCGCAUUAACUUAAGCUCCCCCAUAAUCCAGUAUCUAGCCUCAGAGUCGGACCGCACCUUACUGAUGAUGAGCUGCUGCAGAACCAUGCUCACUAGAGACAUGUCCAUCAGUAGACGAAUCUGGAAUUGGUUGCUGGGACCGAACUCGCUCGCCGGGAAUACUUCGGAUCAGGCCAUCGGGGAUGAGUAUUUCCCACGCUACGGGGAGGCAAGCUUGCUUUCAGGGCUCACUGAUAUGAUAAAGGAUGAGCAGCAGGCUCCAGAUGCCUUUAAAAUUUGCUUGGAAAUCAUGGAUCGCUGGGAAAUCGCAUCUCAUAUUAUACCGAAACUGUUUGUACCGCUAAUGAUGGCGGCCUUUAAGUUCCAAAAAAACGACACGGUCAUGAAAAACGCAUCUGAAUUCAUUGACUCGGUUGAAACGCAUAUAAUCUGCAGUCAUUUGUUUGAAGCUACUGUGGUGAAUAAUAACCUGAGCCUCUUAUCUUUCGUUUUAUCCCGCUUCAGAAUCGGGAACGACGAAGAAAUUAUUGUGCGCCAUCUGCCGCUUAUUUUACUCGCAAUCCUCUGCAAGCAAAAGAGCUUCGGUGAUGACGAGUUCGAAGCCAUUUGUGAAAUUGUAGUAUCUUUGACACCGGAAAGAGCUUACUUGCCUAUCGAGCAUUCAAAGAUUUACACGGAUUCAGCUUUCGAAGGUGUGGACAGCUGUGCGUCGGUGACAGAGUAUUACUCGGGAUUUCUCAACGCCACUAGGACCUUGAGUGUGGAAUACUCGUCAGAUAUUUCCCCUCCGUACUCGGCGGAAGACGUGACGUGUUUAAUCUUCGUCAGAAUGCGAGAUUGUCUACUUGACUUCUCAAAUAAAGGUGCCCGGUUUAACAGAGUAGUUGAUUUGUUCCUGCAGCUAGUUGAUAAAAUUCCGCAAGACUUAGAAGACACCUCUUCAGCUCAGGUUUUAGAGAGUAACAAAAUUGAAGAGCGCCAACUUGAUUUGUCGAGGCCGCUAACCGAAAAGUUAUUCAAAUUGAAAGCAGAUUCAAAUCUCGGAGGCAACGACUCUAUUCUUGGAUGGGUCAAGCUUUACGCCGAGUAUUUGGCUCCUAAACUCUGUGUAAUGGAGACCGCAAAACUUUCCAAAGCACUGGUAACGGGCCUUUGGGCCCUCCUUGUUAACCCUGACACCCAAAUCGAAUCUAUCAAAUACUUGGAUCAAUUGGAUGCUGCUGUGGGGUCUAAAUAUGUCGAAAGUGCCCUCUCGUUUGCAUUUGUUGAAGAAAACGACAUAAAUUCUAAGGUAAGUGCACUUGAUGCAAUUUGGGUCCACUCUGAAAACACAGCGUCAAUUGCGCGAAGGUCUUUAGAAUUGGUUCUGGAUGAGCUUUUUGAUGACCAACACCCAAACUACCUCAGCACGUCAAGAUGGGUAUCCGGAGUUGUGAAACAGGGCUCUGCCAAUAAGUUAUAUCACAUACUUUGUGAAAAUCUGCUCAAUAAUAAACUGAUUCACAAAGACACCCUAGAUGAACUGGAUGACAUUGACUCUUUUGUUUAUUAUUGCCAGCUUCUAAUCAACGUCCUUAACGUUGAACGGCCGAUUGUACAAAAGUCUUUCAAGGCAGAACAAACGUCGGUUCAGUCUAUAGAUACGUGGAAAGGCGAGGACAUUUCGAAUUAUAAAAACCUCGCCAUUGCCAUUGCGAUCAAGUUCCUGGGCGCAAACGAAAACCAUAACGGUAAAAGCGUCCGGACUGUAUUGGUCUUACUGGAUGUUCUCUUGGAUGGCACGGAGCGAAAUUUCCAGUUCAUCGUAACUUUUCUUCUGGAGCUCACAAACAGACACUUUAAUGUUGGUACUCAGGAAUCGGAGUUGAUUUCAGUGUCUUUACUGCAUAUCAUUUCGAAAGUUUUAAAGCUUUCGCAUAGCGAGCAUAUCGAAUUGGGGAUCUUUGAUGACGACAAAUCACAUUUACGAUACAUCGACUUUCUGGUCACUGGUGUUUUGAACAUGAGAAGUCCUUUGAUCAUACACUCAUAUGUUAAACUUCUAUCAGAAAGUUUGGUGUAUUUUCAAAACUCCAUCUUCUCAAUAAUUUUGCCGCUAACGACGUCGAUCACAGAGCGUAUCAAAAAGCUGUUUGGCAACGAUGCUGAAAAGGGUCUAAGAUACCAAUCAAUUGCAUACCUUAUUGGUGGAUUGCAAGAGCUUAUGGAAGUUUCACACAGUUACUUAGCUGCAGAAGAAAGCGGAGGAGUUUCUAAUACAAUUUCAUCAAGAAACGAAUUCCUACAAAGCAUGGUGGCGAACGUUUUUUCAAACGACACCGGGGGCCUGGAAUCAAAGCUAAAGCACGAGCGCGAAAUUGUUAUACAGUCGUUCAAGCUGGUUGUUUCUUGUUGCUUGGAAAUCUGGACGUGGGCACACCAACAUUCCAAAUCUAAGGAAAAUGAAGGUGCCGGAACUGAAUUUAAGAUAUUUGAAGACUCAUUGCAUCAUCAAGCGUACAAGUAUAAGUCGCAGUCCAAAAAACUCCUGGUUUCGGUUUUCGUGCUCGAGCCCUUAGAAGUCUUGGAGGAGUUUAUAUCAGAACAUCCUGAUAACGUUAGUUUGACCCUCAUACACGCACUUGACGGUAAUAAGCCUGCUUUAACAAUACCAUAUUUGCUUCAAAGUAUCGUCUACCGCUGUAACAAAUUUUCAACGGUGACAUUUUCGAACACGACUACUUCAAAAAGCGCACCCGGCCCUCUUUUGAUGAAUCAGCUCAAUUCUCGAUCGAUACUAAACUUUAUUUUGGAAUAUUUGGCCACUUUAGAGAACGCCGCGGUUGAAGACUUCUACAAUGACUUUGUGCUUUUCAUGAAGGAAACUUCGAACAAUCCUCACCACUACAAAAAGAUAUCAUCUCUUCUCCUCAAAACAAUGGCUCUUGUUUGCGAUAAGGUUUACAACUCCAGAUAUGGUGAUGAGAAAAAAGUGAAGAGGGAGCUUUCCGACAUUUUCAUCAAGUUUCUUCAGAGCGCGCUGGCCGAGGAUGUCAACGCAUCUGAUGUUAGUACCUACAAUGACCUGGAUUAUCUUUGCUCGAGGCUGCAAUCCAUUGUCAUUGAUUACCCCGCGGGCGAUAAAUGCACCUCUGCUAUCUCGACGAUUGUCCAGUCAGCGAUUAUUUCCUGCUUUAAGAAACAACAUGAAAACCCGAUUCCACCGCAUGUUUUAAAGCUACUUCUCACAAUUUCUGAAGUUGGUGGCAAGGUAAAACCCUUCAAAACAUUAAUCAAUGACAUUUUCUUCAGCGAUAAAAAGUUUGGUUUACUGAAGCUAAACUCUUUGUGGAGUGCAAUCAUUUUUCAGUGGUCCAACUAUUCCGAAAAUAGGGAGAAGCUGGUGGGUGACUUAGUUGCUUCUAUCGGUGUGAAAGGGAAUGCAAUAAGUCCAAAUAUCAAUCCAUUCACUGCAUGGAGUGAUUCUGAGAUUGAAACCAAAUGUCACAACAUAAUCCGCAUUAGCUACCUUCUACUGAUCUCUCCUCAAGAUCACUACCUGUUACAGUUCAAAAGUUUGAUGAAUCAGCUGGAGCAAAACUUGGUUUCGGAGGAACCCAAGAUCCAAUCCUGCUGCUUUUUACUACUAAGGUGCGUCCUGUUGCAAUUUUCGGCAAUGCAUUUCGCUGAGCAUUGGAGUAUGUUGUCUUACAGCUUGCAAACAGGAUUACAAAAAUUCUAUGAGUGUUUGCAAAUGCAACAAAACACGGAACCCAAUGUGAUCUUCCAGAUUGCUAAGUGUGUGGAUUUGAUCUUGACUUUGAACUUCGAAGAAUUUUCGGCGAGCUAUGAAUGGCUUUUCGUGAUUGAUACAAUGAACUGUAUCUACAAAUCAGAACCUUAUAUCAGUUUGGCUGACGAAAUAAGCGACUGCAAGGAUUUUACAAAAAGCGAGGCUAGCGAGUUCGAUGUAGUGGAGUAUUCUGAGUUCAGAAAUCCCUUGUUACAAGGUAUCCAUACCAUUCGGGAACACUCGCAGCUGAGAAAGUUUUUCCACACUGUCAGCUAUGCGCAUUACGAGGAAAUGUACUCUUUGAAGGCUUUGGACAAGAAAGCUUGUUGCGAUGAUUUAUUCGCGGACGUGUUUGCAUUUAUAAAAGACUAA